CGCGACCCCGCGUUCGAUUUGAUUGCUGGCCUGACGGUCGCCAUGAAGACCGUGCCGCAAAAGAUGUCGCUAGCCAACGCCAUGGCCGUACUGGUGCAGUAUAGUCUCUACACGGCAGCGGUCACGCCCGUCUUGCGCGCGGUAUUUGGCACGUCCCGCGUUCUCUCGGUCGCGAACGACUCGGAAGUGAGUCUCAUGGUCGGCCCGCACCUCCAUCCAGACGAUUCCCAACAUGAAGGAGCGCGUCACUGUCGGCAUUCGUGUGCACCGACGUCGUCGGCGACGACGUCCUAAAUGUGCAGUGGGCACGAUGAAUGGCAUGGGGGCCAUCGCAUAAGCUGUUCGACCACGGUCAAACCAUCCGUUAUGGUAAAACGUGGUUCAUAUAGUGAAAGAUGAUGUACUUGACUGGUCGAUCCGGUUUGUCGGUCAUGUAGAUUCAGUCAUCA